AUGGCGCGCCAGAUGCUGCAGCUGUACCCCAACACGUACGCUCUCGUGGUGUCAACAGAGAACAUCACUCAGAACCGCUACUUUGGCAACAAGAAGUCGAUGCUGAUCCCCAACACCAUCUUCCGCGUCGGCGGCGCGGCCAUGCUGCUCACCAACAAGCGCAGCGAGAGCCGGUGA